GAUCUCCUACAUGAGAGAUCUUACACUGUGAUUGACAUUCAGAAACCACAUGCAGUUGUGACAAUAUACAAACAUGCCCCGUCUUUAUCCAUAGAACAACGCGUGACACAGCGGCAAUGUAUAUGGGCGAAGACAAUGAUGGAGGUGCCGACGCCGAUCCACACCUUUGCCUCCACACAUAUGAGGCUAGUUGUUUGCUGUCGAAUAGCAUCCAAGGCUAAGACAUUAUAUUGCCAAUGA